GAGGUCUGCACUUGUCAGCCUCUCCCAGUCUGUGUGGGGCUGUGAUACACCUCAGGGUACAGCAGGCAGAGAGAUGCGCUAUUGGCUCUCAGCGACGCGGUGUCAUCUGCAGGCUCUAUAUAUCACAGGCAAAGCAGGGACCACUCAGCCUCAGAGCAAAGCUGCCUCAGUGUAGAGCUGAGAGAUACUUUGAGGAUGGAAAGAGAAGGGAAAAGCAGCCCUUGCUUUUCUGAUUCUGGCAAGCUCUGAGAACUCUUGGGAAACAGAGACCUGGCGGAUGGAGGACUGUGUGGAAACCCAGUAAAGCAGAUUGCUGAGGAGAAGUGGUGGGACAGAAGCAGAACAGAGCCCAGAAAGAAAUAUUCACUAGGAUUUCUUCCUAGGUGCAGAGAGAAAAUGUUUGGGGAUCUCUGGCAUUUCAGCAUCAGAAUCAGCUUCUGUACACAGAACACGUGGGACUGAAAGGACAGCAGCUGGAGACUCCCUGGAGCAAAGCUCAGAUGUAAUCAGCACAGGAAGGAGGACCCAUUUUUCAACCCUCUCAUGUUGUUUGCAACCACAGGGCAGAUUUUUAAAAGGCAGGCGUGUGUGUUCCCUCCUGCAGCCUCUGACUUCAGCACCUGAGCUGCCAGGGGGCAGGGCAGAGAGGAGCGUGCAGCCUGCCCAGGGACACAGGCAGCGCUGGAGCUCAGCUUCCCCAGCCAUGAGGAACACGUGGUUCCCUUUGCAGUACAUCUCCAAGCCCUUCUGGAGAGCAGAGAAUCACAACACGACCAACUUCUUCUCUGCCUUGUAUGGCUUCCCUAACCAAUCCUUCUUCCACAGUGAUUUGGACUUGGAGGAUCUGGGGGACUUUGGCAGUGGGACCAGGUACGAGGGGGAGUCGCAGAGCCGGACGGUGAAGGCGCUGCUGAUCGUUGCCUACUCUGUGAUCAUCUGCAUCUCGCUCUUUGGCAACAUCCUGGUGUGCCACGUGGUGAUCAAGAACAAGAGGAUGCACUCUGCCACCAGCCUCUUCAUUGUCAACUUGGCUGUGGCUGACGUGAUGAUCACCAUCCUGAACACCCCCUUCACGCUGGUGCGGUUUGUAAGCAGCACCUGGGUUUUUGGGAAGCUGAUGUGUCACAUAAGCAGGUUUGUUCAGUACUGCUCCGUUCACGUGUCCGUGCUGACCCUUGCUGCCAUCGCUCUGGAUCGGCAUCAGGUCAUCAUGCACCCGCUCAAGCCACGCAUGUCCAUGGUGAAAGGAGGGAUCUGCGUCAUUAUCAUCUGGGUUAUGGCCAGCUGCUUCUCGCUGCCUCAUGCCAUCUAUCAGACCUUGACAAAGUUUUACAUUGGAAACAGAACGAUACGGAUGGUCUGCCUCCCCAGCUUCCCUCCUCCCGCUGAUCUCUUCUGGAAGUAUUUGGACUUGACUACUUUUGUUCUCUUGUAUGUCCUGCCCUUGCUUGUCAUCUCCAUCACAUACACCACGGUGGCCAAGAAGCUCUGGCUGAGAAAUGCCAUCGGGGACCUGACCAUGGAGCAGUACUACGCCCAUCAGCGGAAAAAGAAGAUGACGCUGAAGAUGCUGAUGGUUGUGGUGGUUGUGUUUGCAGUCUGCUGGUUCCCCCUGAACUGCUAUGUGGUGUUGAUCUCCUGUAGGGCCAUCCACAGCAGCAACGCUCUGUACUUUGCUUUUCACUGGUUUGCCAUGAGCAGUACUUGCUACAACCCCUUCAUCUACUGCUGGCUGAAUGAGAGCUUCAGAUCCGAGCUGAAGUCCUUGGUGUGUGUGUGCCGGCGGAGGAGCGCAGCCCAGAGCCAUCCUCUGCAGUCCAUCUCCCCACCCUUCAGGCACGCCUGGGCUGAGAACUGCCACUACAAACGAGGCAGUGCCUGCCAGAAGGCAAGGGCAUCCUCCCAGAGGAACUCUGCAAAGACAGACAUCUCUGGUGUUCAGCCAAUCGUGGCAGAAAGCUGAACCCUUUGUCUGAUGGCCAGGCAGAUGUCUGUGUGACAGUCACAGAAUCCUGGGCACAGCCCA